AUGGCAAAUCGCUUUCAUGCUUUGGUUUCCAUUACCCUUCUCUUGGCUUUCUUUAUUUCCAUUGACAUUGUUCUUUCUGCUCAGAAUAUUGUGAUACAAGGACGUGCAUAUUGCGAUACUUGUCGUGCUGGUUUUGAAACAACUGCAACCACAUACGUAGAAGGUGCUAAGGUAAAAUUAGUGUGCACAAAUUUUACGAGCGGUGAACUAACUUAUACAAGUGAGGCAACAACAGAUAGCACCGGAACCUACCAAAUAAGUGUGGAGCAUGAUCAUCAAGAAGAAAAUUGUGACAUUCGACUAUUGAAGAGCUCUCAAAGUGAUUGCUCUGAGAUCAAUGAGGGUAGAAACCGUGCUCCUAUUGUAGUGACUCACAAUGUUGGAAUUGCUUCCAAUGUUCGAUAUGCAAAUUCUCUAGGCUUCUUGAAGGAAAAGCCACUUUCUAACUGUGGCCAGAUACUUAUGCAAUAUGCUCUAGGAACAGAGGAUUGA